AUGGUGGUGGCCACACAGGCGUUUGUAAAUGCUAGCUUUUCAGCAGACCAACUUCUUGAGCUUCAAGCUGCCGUCAACGCCGCCGCCGUCGCCGUUCAAGAAGCGCAUAUCGCGAUCGUACAGUACGCUCUCAACAGCUCAACACCGCAGCUCCUCUCGAUCAAUCUCCUCGAUCCAAGCGACACGGAAUUCAUGCUUUUUGGCUGGUUCUUUCUCUGGGACUGGGCAACAGGGUACCGCGAAGUCGUCACGUUAAUAGGGGACGCUGGCGCACUCAAAAUCCUCUCGACCUUGAUGACAACCACGACGUUUGAGCCGAACGCUCUCGAGAUCCCAAAGAAUCUUGCCCUCGUCUUGCGCACCGGCGUCAUGUAUGUCACGUUUGUUCUAGUUGCUGUGAGCGUGCUCGUUGUUCUUCACAUGCUCGGGAGUCGUGGCCAGAUCUCGGGCAGCCACCUCUUUGGCCUCAACCGUGUUGCUGGUAUCGUCUGGGUGGGUCGCCCGCUGCUACUUCUGCGCAGCCUCACCGCCAUGGCCGUCCUCAGUACCGCGCGCAUCGACCUCGUUCAAAAUGGCAUCGUCACGCUGUUUCGAACGACCGUCUCGAGCGCAGUGCUCACGAUUCUCAGCGCCGGCGAAGUUACAUGGUUCAUCUACGUUCUCAACGACAUUCUCAUGGUCUACACGCAGCAGUAUGCGCGCCUCUAUAUGACCAAAGCGACGUACCUUCUCUGGUUGUUGUCGGCCAUUUGGAGCUUUGUGUCGCCCGUGACGCACUCGGCCACCGUGGCGCGGACGUGCGCAGCGUGGGAUCUCAACCUCCAGCUGGUUUGUCGAAGUGGCGUCGUGCGUAUCGGGGAUCAAAUGCGCUUUGUAGAGCUGAUUCUGCUCUGCGGAAGUUGUCUCUGUGUGUGCUAUUUGAUGGAGCGCAUUCGACAUCCCGACCUUCCCAACGACUCGCCAGUGUCGCACCACUUGAGCUGCGAGGCAAAGUACUUGUACAGCCUUCAAAAAUGGCAGUUCCAGGGCACCUUUUACCUCGACAGGGCGUCGGCGACUAUGAAUGGCAU